AUGGAAAAGUGUCGUCGGAACCAUGACUUGGAUUUAACGUCUCGUUUCUUUGAAGCCCAAGUGGAGUAUAACAAUGCGCUUAUUAAGGAGGAUACUUAUUGGAAACAAAGAGCUAAGAUGCAUUGGUUAUGGGAUGGGGACCUCAAGACGAAGUACUUUCAUUUAUUUGUUACUACUAGAAAGAAUUUUCAAAAAAUCGAGAUGCUCGUGCAGAAAGGUGGGGAAGAAGUGUGA